AUGCACUUCGCCGCUGCCCUUCUCGCGCUCAGCGGAGCCCUCGGCCUCGCUCUGGCGGAACCCGCUCUAGUCGCGGCUCCCGCAUCGACACUUCGAACGGAGUACAAGCGUACCGCUACGGUUGACCAUGAGGUGAAGGUUCGCGGAGCUGGGGAAGACAAGGCCGAUAUCGCCAAGCCCUUGCGCCUCGUGGGAAUUGAGCUCGACAUCUCUACUGUCGUCGCCAACGGCAACACUCAGCUCCACACCAUUACGCUGUCGCGCAUCGAAGAGCGCGCACCUGCCUGGUCUGGCCCGCCCUGCAUCUCUGCAGUUCGUCCCGGUGAGGCCAAAGAGGAUAGUUGGCCACCUGCUUGCCCUCCUGAUGGGCCUACGCGUCCCUCCGCCACAACGCCUACCAUCACGACCAUCACGACGGCGGCCCCGACGACGCACAUUGAGGAGGCAGCACCAGCCUACACCUCCCUCUGCAUCGACGGCAAGCAAGCGAAUGAUGAUAGCUGGCCGCCUGCGUGCCCUCCUGGUCACCGUCAUCCACCGACUCGGGCAGAGCGACAGGCCGAGGCAACGCCCGCCACUGAAGCAGAGGAGCGUGGUGUCGAUGUUGAGGAGCGCGGACAGGCCGAGGUCCCGUGCUGGGCAAAGACGGGUGGGAGGAAGUGUCCUGGUUGGCGUGCUUAG